UUUUCUUCACAAAACCCCUGGGAGGUAUUAAACAGCUGCAUCUGAGUUGACGAACAGCAACUAAGGCAGACCAAGUGAAAGCAAAAGACUUUCUAGAACUCUACUUCAACUAAAGAAACAAAGUUCCUUUAGCAAAGUCAGAGACCUACUUAACGGAAGUAUUGGAAAAUAUAUGUGAUAGAAUGAAUGCUUACCAACUGCAAGGGGAUCCUCAAACCCAAAAAAGGACAUUCAAGAGAUUUGCUCGGAAAGAUGAGAAAAUCUAUGCAAAUUUUCAAAAAUUCUAUUUUUAUUCUGAUGCUUACAAACCUCUGAAAUUUGCGUGUGAAAGUAUUAUAGAAGAAUAUGAAGAUGAAAUGUUCUCACUUAUCGCCCAGGAGGCAGACUAUCUAGCUGACAAGCUGUGCAGUGAAAAAUCAGGUCUUUGUAAAGAAUCUGCUACUCACACUGAGCUAUAGCAUCGACUAAACUAUGAAUUUUACAGAGUGAAGUAAGAUGACAACCACAAAAAAAUCUUCCUGUGUAAUCAAAUAGUGAUUCUCUGCCCUUUUUGCCCCUGUAAUGUCUUUUGUUUUUUACAUUUAUAUUUUUAGAUGUGCAUCAGUUCUUGUUUGUUUAUUUUUUUUUAUGUUUUCAUAUUAAAAUAUUUAAACUGAAGUUUGCAUGGUUUUGGCAAGAUCUUAGGUUUAACAUGUAAUUAACUAUUGACCGAUUCUAUAAGUAAAACAAUUGACUUCUCAAGAUAUUCAUGCCAGGUGUGUUAAUUUUGACAAAACCAAUGUCUAAUUAUAAAAAAAAUGUACUAUUUGAGUGUGAAAAAUUAUGGCUCUUGUUUAACUGAAACAAAUACUUAAUACAAUUUAAGAAACCUAUUACUGUUCUUGUGCAUUUGUCCUUUGUUUUAACAAAUGGUUGAUUCCAAUGUACUUCCAAAUAUACAUGAACAAAUUUUACUACAAAAUAGUUUUGAGUACCUGUUAGCUUUAUAUUCUCUCUAUGGAUGAAAGUGAGACUCUUUCCAAAUAUUUAUCCUUUCCCUUAUAAAUUAUAUAAGUUAAUGAAACACACAUGAUUUCUUGAAAACAAGCUGUUCCCUUAAAAUUUCCAACCCUAAGUUUCAAAACUUUAUGUACAAUGAAAAGUUGAACAAACACUGAGAUAUUUAAUCUGGUGGCAAAGCGCUACUGAUGCAUGCUGUAAGUGUUCAGAAAGGCUGCAAUCAAAAGAUAUUAAAAAGUGAUCUUAUUUAAUACUAAUAAUUACUGUAAUGGCAUUCAGAUUUUAAACAAGCUUUUCAAAAGGAGAAACAUUAAAGUACCCUUAAUAUACCCCACACAGGUAAAAUGCAUCUAGUCAUUUGUUUUUAGUGCAAGGUAUUU